AUCAGACUGUGUGGAAAUACUGAAGAAAUGUGGAGAUCAUAAUAAAUUCCCUGAAGGCCACUCAGCUGAAAGCAUUUGUGAGCUCUUAUCUCCAACCGAUGACUUGGAGAACUGUAUCCCUUUGGAUACAUACCUGAGCCCAAGUUCUUUAGGUAACAUUGUAGAAGAUGUUACACAUCCAUGUAAUCCGAAUCCCUGUGCAGCUAAUCAGUUAUGUGAAGUAAAUAGAAAAGGAUGUCAACCUGGAGAACUGUGUCUUCCGUAUUUGUGUGUGCCAGGCUGCAAACUGGGAGAAGCCUCAGAUUUUAUUGUCCGUCAAGGUACGCUUAUUCAGGUUCCAUCCUCCACUGGUGAUGUUGGUUGUUACAAGAUUUGUACGUGUGGACACAGCGGACUGCUAGAAAACUGCAUGGAAAUGCGUUGUGUAGACCUCCAAAAAUCAUGUAUUGUUGGAGGACAAAGAAAAAGUCAUGGAAUGUCCUUUAAUAUAGAUUGUAAUGUCUGUUCGUGUUUUGCUGGGAACCUGAUAUGUUCUACGCGUCAGUGCCUAACUGAGCACAGUUCAGAAGAUGAGCGUCGGAAGUUCACAGGUUUACCAUGUAACUGUGUCGAUCAGUUUGUACCAGUAUGUGGUCAGAAUGGACGCACGUAUCCAAGUGCAUGUAUAGCUCGUUGUGUUGGGCUCCAGGACAAUCAGUUUGAAUUUGGAUCGUGUAUUUCCAAGGAUCCGUGUAACCCUAACCCUUGCAAUAAAAAUCAGAGGUGCAUACCAAAGAAACAAGUCUGCCUGACUAGUUUUGGACAGUUCCAGUGUAGCCAGCAUGAAUGUGUGCCGAGGCAGUUAAAUUGUGACCAGACACGGGAUCCUGUCUGUGACACGGACAAUGUGGAAUACAGUAACUUGUGUACUUUGUACCAAAAAGGAAAAAGUCUAGCAUACCGAGGACCGUGCCAGCCAUUUUGCAAACCGGCAGAACCCGUAUGUGGACAUAACGGAGAAACCUACAGCAGUGUCUGCGCUGCCUACGCCGACCGCGUGGCCGUUGACUAUUACGGACACUGUCAGGCUGUAGGCGUUCUCUCCGACUACGGCUUUCACACGGAGUGUGCCUUUGUUAAAUGUCCCCAGCUUUCUGCUGCUGGCUGCAAGCCGGUUAUUGCACCAGGAGCCUGCUGUCCGCUGUGUGCCGGAAUGCUGAGGAUCCUAUAUGACAAAGACAAGCUGGAUACGUUUGCAAGGGUAACAAAUAAAAAGCCCAUAACAGUACUUGACAUACUCGAAAAAAUCCGCCUGCAUGUCUCAGUGCCGCAGUGUGAUGUCUUUGGAUACUUAAGCAUAGAAUCCGAAAUUGUGAUCCUCAUCAUUCCUGUGGAUCAGAAUCCCAAACCACUGCAGAUUGAAGCCUGCAAUAAGGAAGCAGAGAAGAUCGAGUCCCUGAUAAAUUCGGACAGCCCAACGUUAGCGUCGCACGUGCCGCUCUCGGCUCUGAUCGCGUCUCGGGUGCAGGUUUCCUUUAGCGUUUCUUCUCCCUCCAUUCAAGUGGUGCCCGUUGUGCACUCCCUCUUCCUCAGCCUCUUGCUCGCCGUGCCAGCCCUAAGAGACGUGGUCGUUUAG